AUCGAAUGUCUAGGUCGCCUGUUGCUUGAGGCCAAUAUUCUCGAGCGCAUCAAACCCACGGAGAUUUCUAAUGAUUUCACUGAAAUCAAUAUAAAUACCAACGGCCAACUGCAUCUGCACAAUUCCCGAUUCAACACACGGGUACGUGCAGGUAGACAGCUCGCAGUCGUUCUGACAAACACAGAUGGCCAUGAAUUCAGGGGAUCACCAAUAAAAGCCCACGGAAAGCGAACCUACAUUAAUGUCUCUGAUCGCUUUUACGGAACGGCGGGUAGUGUUAAAGUCAUUGGUAGGGAGAGAGCAACGAAUGCCGAAAAGGCUCGAGACAUGCUUCUACUUCAUGUUUUACAGGGCGAAUGUCAUCUUAUGCAUUCCAAGUUCGUAAGGAUGCUUUGGUUUCCGAGCAAGGAUGAUGAGAAGGAUCUUUUUGCUCCCAACGGUCCAAUGAACUCUAUUUCCGGCAAGAAAUUGAACAGAUCACAACAGAAUGUGGUAUCGACCAUGAUAUCUGACCGGCCACUAGUCCUAGUCCAUGGUCCACUGGGAACUGGUAAAACAUCGACGAUCUCUACAGCAGCUGAAAUCAGGGGUCGGAUAAAUUCACCAACAUGGAUUGUUGCACAUUCGAAUGUUGCUGUAAAAAACAUUGCGGAGAAGUUGGCGUUAUCCGAUGUAGAUUUCAAGAUUAUCGUGUCCAAGGAAUUCUAUGUUGAAUGGCAUGAACAUCUUUACACCAAAAUCAAGGACAGAUUGAUUCGUGGAGAUGAGCUUCCGAUCAAUCCAAAGAGCCUAGGACCAAUUAUCGGCAAGUCGCAUAUCAUGCUAUCGACAUUGAGCACACUCUCGAAUCCAGCCCUGGACAAAAAUGGGAUGUUCGAACUAGUGCCUCCGAGGAGUCUCGUUGUCGACGAAGCUUCUCAGAUCAAUGUCUUUGAAUAUAUGGUCAGUGACAAUUCGCCUUGUAACAUGAAUCCCAAACUGACAGGAUCUUAUUGCAGCACAUAUUCUUUAAAUUUCGGAACAUCAUGA